GCCUUCUUAGCUAUGUACUGGUGCAUCAGUGAGCAGUGUGCACAAGCUCGUCUCUUCCAUUCACAGAGCUCAAACCUCAGUGUGCAUCAAUGGCAACCCACAUCUUCAAGAAAUUCAAAUUCAAACCCACCUCCAACCUUCCUUCAAUGUCCACCACCGUCCGAUCCAAAACUACCUCAUCCCAGUACGUAGCCUCCAGAUCCAGAGACCCCACAUUCGAGAAACUCAUGGACAAGUACAAGAACCUCCUCAAAGUCAUCUCCAUUCAAGACCUCAUCCUCGCAAACCCCACCUCCAACAACCCACCAUCAAUCUCCGUCGACUUCCUCAACCGCCUCUCCCAAAAGCUCCACCUCAACCGCGGCGCCGCCGCCUUCCUCCGCCAGUACCCCCACAUCUUCCACCUCUUCUACGACUCCUCCAAGUCCCAGCCUCACUGCCGAUUAACCGCCGCCGCCGUCGAAAUUACCCAUCAGGAAGCUGCCGCUAUCGACGCUUCGUUGCCGGUCGCCGUUGAUCGAUUGGUUCGGAUCCUCUCCAUGUCAGUCUCCAAUUCGCUGCCUCUCCGAGCGAUUAUCAAGGUUUGGAGGGAGUUGGGACUUCCUGACGAUUUCGAGGACUCGGUAAUAUCCCAAAACCCUAAUCUUUUUGAGCUUUGUGAUGGGUAUGAACCCAAUACUCAUAUAUUGAAACUCGUUAGUGCAAUUCCUAGUUGUAAUUUCUCUGCUGCAGUGGAGAAUUGGAGGGUCAUGGAGUGUUGUAGAGAAGACUGUAGUGUUGAUAGGACUGUAAUUCGGUUUAGUUUUAAACAUGGUUAUCCUCCGGGAAUGAGGUUGGGUAAGAAUUUUAGGGCUAAAGUGAAGGAAUGGCAGAGAUUGCCAUAUGAUGGGCCGUAUGAGGAGAUGGGAGGGAAGAAGAAUUCUAAGAGUGGGAAAAUGGGAUUGGAGAAACGAGCGGUUGGGAUUGUUCAUGAAUUCUUGAGCUUGACGGUGGAGAAGAUGGUGGAAGUGGAGAAGAUCAGCCAUUUUAGGAGAUGGUUUGGGAUUGAUUUGAACAUAAGGGAUUUGUUCUUGGAUCACCCCGGGAUGUUUUACUUGUCAACCAAGGGGAAGAGACAUACUGUCUUUUUAAGAGAAGCUUAUGAGAGGGGGUGCUUGAUUGAGCUGAACCCUGUGUACAAUGCAAGGAGGAAGCUUCUUGAUCUAGUUCUUAUGGGACGUCGUGGUUUGUUCACCAACAAUUCAACGUUGAGUGAUGCUGGUAGGAGCCAGGAGGAAGGAUGUAAACAGGAGCAAAAUGAUUGAGGUAAUGCCCUUUCAAGUGAAGAAUGCUGGUUUCAAAAUUAGGGUGAACCUCCUUAAUUGAAAAUGGCAAUGGCAUACUUGACUGAAAGAGGACUAAAAAUGAUGUAACAUACUAACAAAUGGGGGUAAUGGACAGCAGAAUGAAUGUUGCAAGAAAAUGCGUUGUUGGAUGAACAAGUAUAUUGGUAGUUAGUAUGUCUACUUGAUUGGUGAUGGCACAUUUCUUUUGUGAGACAUAUAAAAAGAAGUCAUUCAUACUAGUACUAACACAGAGAGUAAACCCUAAAGCUGUUGAAAGGUAGAUCAUUUUAGGUUAAUUUUUUUAUGUAGAUGGAUAAAUCCUUUGGACGAUCAACUGAUUGGAGAUUUGUUGUCUUCGCUUUGUGCAUUUGAAACACCUGUGACAUGGUUUUAAUCUGCCCAUCCAGAUAAGCAUUUUGUGUUGGUGCAAAUAAAAUGCCAUCCUGCCUCAAUAUGCUACCCUAUGUGCCCACUGAGCUCACUCUGAAUAAGUGCCCGUUUGUGAUGGAAGCUGCCAAUUGGCUCAGGAUAAUUACCUGGAAGGGUCUCACACCCUGGUGAUAUUUCUUUCCCCGUCUCACUUACUGCUUGUGUGUAUGUGCACACACAUGUGUGCAUGUUUGAUGUGUUUGUGCAAUUAGGUGUCUGCUUAUGUUCGUGUGUCUGCGUGCAUAUGUUUGUUUAUCAUUUGAGUUGAUUAAGAUUUUUUUUGUUUUUUAUAUAAAUUCUGUUUGCAUUUUGGUAAUAAGAAUAUUGGUGAAAUCACCUUAAUUUAUCUGCAGUUGUUAAGAAUUUGCUACAGUCCAUUGUAAUAGACUUCAUUGCAUUUUUCUCACUCUGUAUUUAUCUUCUUGAUGUAUAUAGAGCUGCCCAUGAUGUUUAAGAAGUAUGCACAGUUUUCUUUUAUAAUAAGAUGUUGAAAUCCGUGGCAAGCAAGUAACUUGUUGAGGUCAACUAGGAGUUUGUUUACACUUCUUAAGAUAGCAUGUUUCUUCAUGUUGAGCUGCUAGUGGUUUUGAGUUCGUCAUCAGAUGACAUCUCUUGUUUCAGACUGGCUUUAUAGAAAUUGCAUGGGGCCUUUUGCUGUUAAAACAGAUUGUAGGAUACAAUUUAAUUUGAAUUUAAUAGUUACAUAAGUACUCUGAGGUUUUACACUUCAUAAAAAUUUAGAAUUCUCAUUCUAGUACAGUUAUGGAACAUUGAUGUUUUGUGGUUUGGAAGAUUGUGUGUAUCUUGGAGAAGGAAAGAGGGAUUAAGAGCAUGAAUGAGUUGGCUUUUAUCAGGACGAGAUAAAGUAACUUAAGCAAGCCUUGAAUUUGUGUAAGAGAAUGGCAAGACCAUGUCUGAAUAAAUGGUGGAUCCUAUAUCUUGCUAGGCGGCAAAAACCUUGCAAAGAAAUUGUGUCUGUAUUAAAAACAGCACUUCUUGUUUGGGUAAGAUCUGCUGAAGUAUGCCAUCUCAAAUUCAGGUAAGACUCUAAACCAUCGGCAGUUGUAAUUUUACAUUCUGGAAAUUUAUCCAUUAUUGAAACUUUGACCUAUGAUCUGUGUACAAAUGUCCUUUGAUGUAUCAUUUGCUUGGAAGGAGCUUAAUGCAUUUCGGAUUGGUUAAUUUAUUUUUUUGGGCAUGUUUGUAUAAAAUUGUUCUGCUGCGGUCUUAAUCUUUUUUUUUUUUUUUUUUGAUCGGCAAAAGUCAAUUGUUAGUUGUUAGAUUAGCACUUAUGGGAGUUAGCCUUCCCACCCUUGCAAAGCACCAAGUGCUUGCGUCCUUAAUUCAACUUCUCCUUUGGGAGAGUUGAAUCUAUGACCUCCCCUUUGGGACUAAGCCCUCAGGAGAAUCAUGGUGCCCAACUAGGCAAAAGUCAGUUGCUGUCUUAAUCUAGUGAAGUGCAGGUUGCUAAGCGUCAGCCAGAUUCUCGUGGCCAUUCCUUGCAAUAUGGUCACCAUGGGCAUGGUUCUUACUGUUAAUGAGAGUGGAUGUCAUGGUACUGUGGAUGCUCGAUGUGGCUGGUUGCCUUCUCUGAAAAGGACUAGGUUUGUAAAUUGUUGGCAUGUAUUUUUUGCCUCUAUUGUAUCUCUUUUGUCCAUAUGGACUGGUGUACAAGAACAUCAGUAGGCUACUGUGUUUGCACUGUAAACUCUUGGUUGUUUUUCUAUUUUCUUUGUUUUUUGAUGGCUACUCUGGUAACGCUGCCAAUUCUAGCGAGUUUUUUCACUUGUAAAUCCUUACACGUGUUUAACUGCUGGUUAUCUGGUUUUUUAUUUAUUUAUUUUUGCAUACAUGUGUUUUACUUGAGGCCACUGUAUAUGUAGUUCUUAUAAACACAUUUAAAUUUAUGUUGGUUGUGAACUUCAUUACUGUCCGCUGAAAGAAGAGCUUUAUUUUGUUGAACCAUUCUAAUAUUUUUUUGCUGUGCAAAUAAUAUAAAGCAGGCAUUUCCUACUGUUUGGUGAAUGGAAUUGAUGAAGAUUGGGAGCUUUUGUAAUUUGCUUCAGUUAUGUAAACAUCUGAGAGAAAGAACAAAGGAAAGCACAAGAGAGGAAAAUGGUUAACCCAGGCAGCCUCAUCUUCUACUGUCAGAGAGCAUAGUGCCCUACACUGUGGGCUGCUCCAUUACCAAUUUUAAGAAACUCGAGUAAAAACACAAGUAAUGAAGGAUGAAGCCAUUCAGUUGCAAUCUUGAAUGGCAACUUCUGCAUCAAUGGAAGCCUUUUGCUUCCCAGUAGAUGAAUGAUAAAUCUCCAAGUCAUUUGCCUUCAAUCUUGAGGAGGAAACGAAAGAAACAGGUUUGGUUAUUACUGCUAACAAGGCACAAUUGCUCUCAGCAACAACCAUCCAAGACCACAGGCAUUUUCUACUGUUUGAACAAAGGAAUUGAUGAAGAUUGGGAGCUUUCGUAAUUUGCUCAAGUUAUGUAAACAUCUGAGGUGAGCUAUGAGUUGCAGUUGAUUAACUAUCAGUUUCUUCCCUUGGUUUCUGGGACAGAUGCAGAGAAAUUUGUUUCAAGCCUGAAACUCAUAGAAAGAACAAAGGAAAGCACCAGAGAGGAAAAUGGUUAUCCCAGGCCAGCCUCAUCUUCCACUGUAAGAGAGCAUAGUGCCCUACAUUGUGGGCUGCUCCAUUACCAAUUCCGAGAAACACGUGUAAAAACACAAGCAGUGAUGGAUGAAGCCAUUCAGUUGCAAUCUUGAAUGGCAACUUUUGUAUCAGUGGAAGCCUUUUGUUUCCCAGUAGAUGAAUGAUAAAUCUCCAAGGCAUCGCCUUCAAUCUUGAGGAGGAAACGAAAGAAACAGGUUUGGCUAUUACUGCUAGUAAGGCAACAAUUGCUUUCAGCAACAGCAACCGUCCCAAGACCAGUUUAGCAUUUUUCAACAUUAAAAUCUGCAUCGGCAUCAAUUUUGAUCACCCCCCUCAACCAAAGGAUCCUGAGCUCGAAGAGGCCCUGCUAAUAGAAGUUGAUGCCUAUAAAUUUUGCCUGGCAUUUUGCAUUUUGUAAGUUGAAACUCACUGGAAAUUUCCCAUGCUUACAUUUAUGUCUAUUUUUAAGAAAUUGUCAAAUAUAUAUAUUUUUGGUGAUGAAAAAAUAUUAAAUAUAAUAUAUGUAUAUAUAA